GUUUAACGUUGACGCAUAAAGGAGUUUGAGUUUGACAAUAAAAGCCCCCUAAAUGAACAAAAACAGACUCAACCUGCAUCGAGACAGAAAGAAAAUGUCGACUGUUUUCCAGCUUGGAGUUUUGCUUCUAUUUGUAGGAGCUGUGCAGUGUGAGGAUCGGCCCUUCGGAAUCAGAGGCCUCGAGGUUAAAUUGUACGAGCGCAAUCUGCAGAAAGCAGACAAGGCACAGACUUUAUGUCUUGUGUGCACAAAAAUCGUGAAUGAAGUCUUCAAAAUGAUUGGAAAUCAACUCUCAAAGAACAACAUCCGUGCAGCUCUUAACAAAGUGUGUAAUAAACUGAAAUUAAAACAAGGUUGCAAGUCAUUGGUUAGUAAAUACAGAGAAAAGCUGGUUAGGAUCAUCUUGUCUGCCAAGAAUCCCCGCCUAGUCUGCAAACUACUCCACCUGUGCAUAAUACAUGAAAACUAGAUAGUUUCAUACUUUGUGGUUAUUCUGUGUACUUAUGUCCAAACCCUUUGACAGCCUGGUCUCCUAAUCAACUGCUAUGGAAGUGACCAAAAAAUGUUAUUAAUAUAUAUUCCCAAGUCUGUAUUUCUGUUAAAAAUAAAUACUAAUCAUUACUGGAAUUUGGUUUUAAAAAAAUUAUUGAAAAUUAUUUUGAGGUUUUGUAAAAAAAUUUUAUUUAGUAAAAAAAAUAAUAAAACCUGUGUAUUUUAUUAAAACAUUGUUGUAACACUUCAAUGAUUUAUUGCUUGGAUCUAUCAGAGCAAAAGCUACUCAAGCUACUUAAAUAAAU